GCAUUCGUUUCAAGGGCAGCUAAUAACGACGUGUCCAGGGUAAUCCUAACUGGAGCCGUUUUAAUGUCACUCCUGAUGGCAACUUGUUAGGCUAAUGUUAGCCACAGUCUCGGGUUAGCUUGGGUGAAUUGUUCCUGAUUGUUCCAGCCCCAGCUCCUAGCCACUUGUCUCUCUCUCUCCAGUCCCACCCUGUGUAUGAGAGGGUCUGCGCUAAGACAAGUUUAGCCACAUUAACAUGGCCGAUGAUGAGGUGACUCCAGAGCAGCUUACAGCCAUUGCAGCUGAAAACGAAGAGCCAGAGCUGGUGAACUACAAGCCACCAGCCCAAAAGUCAAUGAAAGAGAUCCAGGAGUUGGAUAAGGAUGAUGAGAGCCUACGCAAAUAUAAGCAAGCUCUGCUUGGCCAAGGGAACUCUGAGGCUGAUCCUGAAGUUCCAAAUGUCCAAGUGACCCGGAUGUCUCUGAUCUGUGAAACCGCCCCAGACCCCCUGGUGCUGGACCUGCAGGGAGACCUGGAAGCCUUUAAGAAGCAGGCUUUCGUUCUGAAGGAGGGCGUCGAAUACAAAAUAAAGAUCAGCUUUAAGGUGAACAAGGAGAUUGUUUCGGGACUGAAGUAUGUGCAGCAGACAUUCAGGAAAGGAAUUAAGAUUGAUAAAUCCGACUACAUGGUGGGGAGCUAUGGGCCUCGUCACGCUGAAUAUGACUUCCUGACCGUGAUGGAGGAAGCUCCUACCGGCGUGUUUGCCCGCGGCAACUACGCAAUCAAAUCCAAGUUUACUGACGACGACAAGCACGACCACCUGACCUGGGAGUGGAACCUCAAUAUAAAGAAAGACUGGAAGGACUAAAAGAGGCCUUUGUGUUCGGGGGCUAGGGAAUCAAAAAUCCCCCAGUCCUGUGCGUUCCUCAGCUGCUCCCCGCCAUCCCCACCCUGUGUCCACCAUUUAUGCCUUCUUUGUGUUUACUUUGUUGUACAUUUCACGUCUUAGUUACUGCCGCGCUGUCUUAAAAACCCCGCCAUCCUCCCCACCUCCGUCAGCAUCCGUAGCAGCAUCCGUCCACCCAGCACCUCCCCUUUUGCCUGACGUUUUAUUUCUUGCACACCAACCUGCCAUCCUCACUCACUCUACCCUCCCACUGAGCUGUUUCAUGUAGCACCUUAUUUCCUCACACCCAGCCCCCCCGUUUUAUUUUUAUUCUGGAUUUUUGCUGCUUGAAGAGAUUAACCCCGCCUUCCACCUCUCCAGAAUGGUGUCUUCCUCUCUCACUAUGAAGUAUGUGGAAAAGCAACUGUACAAUCAACUUUUGUUUGCCUUUUUUUUAAUAUAAUUGUAUCAAAGGUUGUGUAAUGUGACUGUAUUCAUAUCACUGUUAAUCAGCUGUAGUGUCCAUAGCAGGCCCCACCACAUCAUCCACCACCCCUCCACACAGCUUUUGUUUGUUUGCCGUCUUUUGAUAGAAUUACCAAUACCUGCCUUGUAAAACAAUUCAUAGAGAGCUGCUGUACAGCGCCUCUCUCCCUUCCCUACAUGUAUUCACCCACUCCCCUUCAAAUGGGGACUGGGGCCAAAGUGAACAAGGAAGUUAAAAAGUAAAAAAAAAAAGCUGCCUUAUGUGUCGACUGUCUAAACCUACUGUCUAUUGCCUUGCGAGUACAGGCGGUGCUUGCUAUCAGGUAGUCUGUAUAUCAAGGGCUUACUCUCGCUACCAACCAAUAACCACCUGUAGCCCUGUUGUAGUGGAGAAUGUUUAUACAUAUACUCAGAUACAGGCUCUUCAAAAUACACUGACCUUGUGAUUCAAGGGGACUGAAUGUUAAAUUGGAGAAAUGGUACAAAAACCCAGUGAAAAAUCCAUAUUGUUGGAUCUUGGCACUCUUGUUUCUUUUAGCCAUGAGGCCUUAGCACAAACUAUAAUUAUGUGAAAAACAAACCUUUGUAAUUGAGCAUUAUUUUUUAGUUGAUCCCCUUUGCCUUAUUGCACAUCAUCAAGCCUCCCUCCCCCCCCUCGCUCAUUCAGAUUGCUUCAUAAUUUGUAGCCACAGUCAGGACAUCCCAGAGAAAGCACAGGAGGAGGCUGAGCCAGGUACCGUCUGCUGCUGGAGACCUCGGCGGUGUCUGGUCCCACCCACAGACCGACACUGGUAGUGAAGAGAGAAAGCUGACCCCCCCCGCCCCCAGUGACCCUCUCAGAAAGAAAGCAGGUCAUGUGACACUACCACCGAAACAUGCUUAAUAUUUAUUGAGGGUUUUUAAACGCAACUGACCAGAAACAUUUCAUUGAAAUCAACUCGUACUGUACCAGAACUUAUGGAUGUACAUUUUUUUUUUGUUUGUUUCUUCUGAUAAUGACGACCAUGUAUUCCUGCUCCAUACAUUCCUUCACAUUGUACAGUUUCUAUGAAAACACUGGCAUGCUGGUGGGGUUGUAUAUUCUAUCAUUUGUGAUUGCUCUUCUCAACCAAUAAAGAUUUUGCUGAA